GUUCGGGGACCUGUUAUAGUAGAGGAUACCUGCUUGUGCUUCAAUGCUCUGGGGGGGCUUCCGGGACCGUACAUAAAAUGGUUCCUGGAAAAACUCAAACCAGAAGGCCUGUACAAGCUGCUGGCUGGGUUUGAAGACAAAUCUGCCUACGCGCUCUGUACCUUUGCGUUCAGUACUGGAAACCCAGAGGAGCCAGUGAGGCUGUUCAAAGGCCAGACUCACGGGCUGAUAGUGGAGCCCAGAGGCCCUCGAGAUUUUGGCUGGGAUCCCUGCUUUCAGCCGAACGGCUACGACCAGACGUACGCCGAACUGCCCAAGGCAGUGAAGAACUCGAUCUCGCACCGUUACAGGGCGCUGAGCGAGCUCUCCGCCUUCUUCCGUCAGAGCAACUCCACAGAGCCCCGCUCCGGUCCCAGCUAG